UAUUAAAAUAGCUGAUAAAGAAAAGUCGUGCAACCUAGAUUUUCAACUUUGUAAAAAGCUUAUGAAAAGUGACUAGCAAGCGGUGCUGUUUCAAUUAUUAAUACUCAAACAUGGCAUUUAGCUAGGCCAAUAACUUUCACUCUUGGCCGCGGAAAAGAAAAGCAAAAGUGUAUAUACCACAAAUACAAAUGAAUGUUCUCAUCAUAAGCAAUCGUGAUUCAUGAACCUAUAGCUGUGUGCGAUCACACGCGACUUUGAUAAGCAGCAGCAACGGCCACUCCAGCAGUAGCUGCCACCAGCACCUCUUCUAGCUACCACCCCCCUCCGUUAAUUGCACCCACAAACUCCCAACAAAUCAUAAACGCACUCGUUCAGUACAUUUGUGGGGCUGCCGUCAAGUGUUGUAGCAUGGGAAACGACGAUCACGGAAGAAGGAAGACACCUUGCAGCUGUUGUAUGAGUGUAUUUAAGUGGAUACCUGUGCUCUUCAUUACCGCCGUCAUCGGCUGGUCCUACUAUGCCUACGUGGUGCAGCUUUGCAUCUUGGGCAUGGAAAACCGAGUAACCAUGGCCGUUUUUCUGCUCUUUUAUCAUCUGACUCUUGUGCUAUUCCUAUGGUCCUACUGGCAAACCAUUUUCACGUCGGUGGGUCGGGUGCCGGACCAUUGGCGGCUUCCUGAAUCCGAGGUAGAGCGACUGUUUCGUGCGGAAAAUCAAGAGGCUCAGAAACGUAUUCUAAACAACUUUGCACGCAACUUGCCUGUCACAAAUCGCACAAUGAAUGGCGCCGUGCGAUUCUGUGAGAAAUGCAAAAUCAUAAAGCCAGACCGAUCGCAUCAUUGCAGCGUGUGUAAUUGUUGUGUACUCAAAAUGGAUCAUCAUUGCCCUUGGGUGAACAAUUGCGUUAACUUUUACAAUUACAAAUACUUUGUACUGUUCUUGGGCUAUGCACUGAUCUAUUGCCUGUACGUUGCAUUUACCACACUCAACGAUUUUAUUCAGUUCUGGAAGAACGAAAAUCAAUUAUCGGAACAGGGACAGCUGAACGGGACUGGCAUGGGACGCUUUCACAUAUUGUUCCUGUUUUUUAUUGGAAUUAUGUUUGCGAUCAGUCUUGUCAGUUUGUUUGGCUAUCACAUCUAUUUGGUGUUCAUGAAUCGCACCACUUUAGAGGCCUUCCGAGCGCCCAUCUUCCGUGUUGGUGGACCAGACAAGAAUGGCUAUAAUCUGGGUCGAUAUGCCAAUUUCUGCGAAGUGUUCGGCGAUAAUUGGCAGUACUGGUUCUUACCCAUUUUCACCAGUCGAGGCGAUGGCCUGGAAUUUCCCACGGCUACUGAACAACUUGGCAACAACCGCGGCGGCUAUCGCUACGAUGCUAUGGGCGAUACAACAACCAACAGGUUAGAUGGCCAACCAACAGAUAAGUUGAUUGAUGAAACAUCCUUAAAUACACACUUAAAUAAUCAUCAAACUCAUCAAGUACGAGACAACAAUCAAGCCAUCGAACAGCAAAUAGUGCCGCAACAACAACGCAACCAUUUAGAAAUCACCCCGCCUAGUCAAGUCAUUGUCAAUGUUGAGGCACAGCCAGGGCCAAUAUCGCUGCCCCCUCCAGUUCCCGCUGCAGCUGCCUUUCCAGACACCAAUAAUUCAAACACUCCUGUAGUCAUCAAUAUAAUUGGUGACCAUGGUUCAAUAACGACUGCUGCUACUGCUGACAAAGGAGUUUGCGAACUAAAUGGUGGGCCACAUUUAGUCGCCAACAAAGCCAUAUAAAUAAGGACAUCAAUUUGAGCCAGUUUGCAACAAAGAACUUACAAACCAAACUAACUAAAUAAAAAUUAAUGUAACUUUGGUUUCUUUUUAACAAACAGCAAAAAAAAAAGAAGAAAAAAAAACAAGGCCAGAGCCAGUCUGUCAUAGUUUUCUAGUUAUUAAGAUGCAUUUGAGUAUGAAAUACUGUAGCCGCUUGCCCAGUCUGCCCUGAAACCCUAAGAGCUACACCCAUAAAUUUUUCUACUGAGACUAUUAACGUAUUUUAUAUUAAGUGUAAUAAUAAUAAUAAUAGCUUCAUACAUACCUACAUAUAUGGAAUGAUUAAGUUUUGUAUAUUUACACUCAGACACCCAUUGAAACAAAAACAUUUAUGUAAUGCGCAUAAUACGUAUUAAAAGUAAACUCUAAAUCGAUGUUUGUUAUGUAA